AUGUUUUAUGUAAUAGGACUUGGUCUUGGCGAUCCGGACGAUAUUACGGUGAAAGGAUUGAACAUUAUCAAACAAUGCGAACGUGUUUACCUCGAAUCGUAUACAUCCAUUUUGUGCUGUGGACAGGAGAAAUUGGAAGAAUUUUAUGGCAGAACACUGAUACUGGCUGACCGAGAGAUGGUUGAGCAGCGUGCAGAUGAAAUCCUGGAAGGAGCAGAUAAUCAUUCCGUCGCGUUUCUCGUGGUUGGCGAUCCGUUUGGCGCAACGACGCACACCGAUUUAUUGCUGCGAGCCAAGGAAAAAGGCCUGCAAACCUCCGUUGUACACAAUGCAUCCAUUAUGAAUGCCGUCGGGUGCUGCGGUCUACAGUUGUACCAUUUCGGUGAAACCGUCUCCAUUCCCUCCUGGGACGAGAACUGGAAACCGGACAGUUUCUUCGGAAAGAUCGCUGCCAAUCUCAAGCAGGGCCUCCACACUUUGUGCCUGCUGGACAUCAAAGUAAAGGAACCCACGUUGGAGUCGUUGAUGAAGAAAAAGCGCGAGUACAUGCCGCCGCGGUUCAUGUCUGUGAGCGAAGCGGCCACCCAGUUGCUGGAAGUUGUUAAACAAAAUCCAUCCACAGACAAAGAUGAUGCGCCCACGCUGACGGAAGACUCGUUGGUCGUUGGCCUCGCUCGGGUCGGUCAUGCGACGCAGAAAAUCUGUGCGUGUUCGCUACGCGAAAUGAAAGACACAGACCUUGGGUCACCGCUGCACUCGUUAAUCAUCCCCAGUGCGGUGCUGCAUCCUUUGGAGAGCGAGUUUUUGCAGCAGUUCGCUGAGCUAGAUCUUCAAAAAUAG